CCAUGUUAAUAUUUUCAGGUGUCAGCCAAUGUAACACUUUCCUUGAAGCACACAAGGGUCCCGGAGUGCAGCACAUUGCGCUACACUCUCAAACUAUGACAGCCACUGUCAAAUAUAUGAAUGAUAAUGGAGUAUUGUUUAGGAAACCUCCAGCAGUUUAUUAUCAAGAGGGUAUCAAACUGGAAGAAAUUGAAGAUACAGGCCAUGGGGAGGAAAUUGAGCUAUUCCGAGAACUGGGAAUAUUAUUGGAUUUAGAAAAAGAUGUCUUUGCAGAGAGUGAUAUGCCUGGUCAAAAGAGAUACCUCAUGCAAGUGUUCACCAAGCCAAUCUUUGAAGAAGACACAUUUUUCUUGGAAAUCAUCCAACGUUGUGGUGCAACUGGCUUCGGUGCUGGAAAUAUUACAGCUCUUGCAAAAUCCAUUGUACUCUCUCAGCAACAAGUUGACAGCAGUAACCUUUAGACUUUUAAUAUUGAAGUAUACACAAUUGUUUUUUUCCAGUAUUUAUCAAUAGACUGAGAUCCAUUUGCCACUGAGAUAUGUACUAUAAUUACAGUAUUAACAUAUCUUACCAGAUUUUUCAAACAAAAUUCAGGACAGAAGUCCAUUUUUAAAUGCUGUCUUGUUCACAUAUACUGUUCUUGGUGAUUGAAACUUGCCCAUUGAUUUCGGGUAACAGUAUUUGAAAGCCUUGAAGACUAUUUUCAUUAAAUUAAGGCAGAUAGAUUUCAUGACCCUGGAUAAUGGAUAAAUUGGGCUUUGAUAGGAACUGAUGAAGAUGCCAAAGUGGGAGUCAGCUAGUAUUACAGACUUUCAUAUACCUGUACUUAAUACAGUAGUUAUAGUGCUAUGUAGUAGCACACUGUCGUUAUCAGUCUUAACACUUUAAUUUAUUGAUUUUUGUGAUCUAUUCUGCCAAGAAUUACAGAAAAGUUUAAACUCUUCUUAAUAAAAGAAGAAAUGUUGCAAUCAUUUGUCAUUUUCUUAAAAUCAAUUUAGAUAUCCUGUACACAAUAUAUUAAAUAAUUCACAACUGUAAAAAAAUAUAUAAAAAAAUAAAAAUAAACUGAUCCACUU